AUGACACCCAGGUACACUGACCAAUCUCAGCACUUGUACACUUCACCACCCGGACCGCCAAAUAUCAAUCAUGCACAGCAGCCACAUGUCGUGCCACAAGGCAAUCUCGAUCAUUCUCAGCAGUCGUAUGAUAUGUCCACAGAAACCCGCGGUCGGCCGCAAUAUCACACCAGCGCUCAAGGAAGGUUCGUGGAAACCCGGCAGGCCGUCCCAUCGACACCCACCCUCGGGACGCAAUGGAGCACCGUGCAAACCAGCCAGCCUCAACAGACUUUUACGUCGGCGUCAGGCGUUUCGGGGAGCCACGGGGUAUCUCUGCCAAACGACCACGUCCAAUCUCCUGAAAGUCAAAGACCUCCAGACCUUCGGACUUGGCAAAGGAAACGCCCUGCCGAGGACCCCAUCACCGCAGGAAGCGGAGGGCCCCCUGCUGCAAAGAGGCAGCAGCAAGGGUACAUACCGCCGGAAGGAUCCCAGCAGGCUCCUCGCACUGAUCAGCGUCUGGCGAUGUCAUGCAUGCGGGCCUUUCGGUCCCUGGACACAAAAUUCCAAGACUUGCACCAAGCCUACUGCGACAAACGAGAUCGAGACAAAUGGGAACUAUCCAAACGUGAACAGGAAUUCAAAAGACGUCAGCCAUCUAUGAGAGGCGAGUAUCAGCAUGCCUUAGAGUCCGUCAGACAAGAUCACGAAAAACAACGCAGGUAUUGGAAGGUUGAGUUGCGCACAAAUGAACAACGAUGGAAAGGAAUAGUCCAACAAGAGGACAAGAUAUGGAGAUCCUCCUACGCGGAGCUGGACAAGAUCUGGGAUACCUGGGUGCAAGGCGAUUUUCAAGACCUCGUCCGUCCUCAACUUGUGCAGUAUAUCCGUCAUCUAGAAUCCGCAGUCUCCCGCUUGGGCUCAAAACCCUCAGGUCACGUGCCAUUACAGCGAGAGGCGCCUAGCCAACGACAACCCGCAGCUAGAACAACCACGACAGCAUCACGGUCGCCACGGCCCCCUGAUGCGGCACCGGUAAUGCCCCUGCCAACGCGUUCCCCCAGCGCAGAAUUUACAGUACCGCUCCCCGCACAACCCUCUGGCGCAGAGAUGGCCAUGCCGUCACCAUCUAGCCCCUCCAGUAUAGCAUCGACAGUAUCAUCAUCACCAACGUACUCUUCUACCCCGGCAUCGACACCGCCUUCAUCGCAUAUCCCUAGCAUAGGACCGAUAGGGCCGUCACCAGUAUACGUUUCGAACAACAUAGCACGAGCAAUGCUCCCACCACCCCACCGCGAUGUUGCAUCCACAAGACCUCCAUCAAUGUAUUCACCUGAGACAGCAAUAGCAAUGCCGCCACGAUUAUAUCCUCUUAACACAACGUCUUCUGUACCACCUCUGGCACAUCCUCCUAUUUCCGCAGCAGCCAUGCCACCACCAGCACCAUACCCUGCUACGCAAUCGACAAUACCGCCCCUGCCAUAUCAUCCAAGCCCAGCAAUGUCUCCUCCGAUGCGACCUUCUACCACAACAACAACGAUGCCACCGCCGCCGCUCCCCACAAGACCAGCGAUGGUGUCACCGCCACCACUUCCUAACAUUGCAUUGCCGCCGACACCACCUCCCGACCCUACAACUACAUUGCUUGCGCCGCUGUGCCCAGAUAUAAUCACGGCAAUGCCACCAUCUCCACCGCCCAACAGAACAGCCACGACACCGCCACCACUGCUCCCUGAUAUAGGACUUGCGAGGCCUUCAUUGCCACAUCCUAAUAGAACAAGACCUCUGCCGUCACCACGCCAUCCCAGCAUUGUGACAGUAAAACCGCCUUCGCGAUUCCCUCACCGCCCCGCCACGAUCCCAUCAGGUGCAGAAUUUCGAGAUGCAGAAUUCCGGGGCGCAAAGACGAUGCCAGCGCAGCCACGUUUCCACGAAGCAACUAUGAACCCGCCAGGGCUAUAUUCUGACACAGCACUCAUACACGGCAAUGACGAUGUCAUCAAAACCACAGCCCCCACGUACAAUGGCGAUGACGCCACAGACACAAUCUGGCCCUCCGAGUGUUAUUCCGCACAAGAGCCAAUUUCGCAGACUUCAGGAGUCGAAACCGCGUCCUCCAAGCGCCAUGGCGAUGCCACCGCAGACACAACCCCGCAUACUCACGGCAGUUCCGCUAAAAGGCCAACUCUGCGGACUACGGGAGGUGUCAACAGUCUCUCCGUCACCAUCACCAUCUCUCUCGCCGUCACUUUCUCCUCCGCCCAAACCACCACCGCGACGCCUCACGCUUCCCGCUGA